CAGGGUCCAAAUCGAUCGCCUCUCGUUCCCGUCAUUUUUCGUCCACAACACUCUCUGCUUAAAGCUUGGAGAGGUUUGGGCCUUUGGCUCAUUCAAGCGACUCUUUACAUCCGACGAACAAGUCGGAUCUCUGCGGAGUACUCUCACUUCUAUUUCCUUCCCCUCCCCCCCGGGCGCCGCUGCCAUCUUUCCCUCUGGCCUUAUAAUUCGUUCCGGUAGAGAAUGUCAUCCGCGUCUGCAUCUGGCGCAGAUGCAAAGGGAGGCGCAUCAGCACGGUCCAGGGAGCAUAAUCAAGGCAACCAAGAACGCAAAUACACGCCUGAACAAAAGGCCGCCGUGCUUCGAGUGCGGAAAUGCUCAGCCACGGCGUUCUACGAAAUUCUCGCGAUAGAGCGGACUGCAACCGACUCGGAGAUCAAGAAGGCCUAUCGGAAGCUCAGUCUCUUGACGCAUCCGGAUAAAAAUGGUUACGAUGGAGCAGAUGAGGCCUUCAAGAUGGUGUCGCGCGCUUUUCAGAUACUCUCAGACUCGGACAAGAAGGCAAAGUACGACAAGUUCGGCGGGGACCCGGAGAACCGAUUCUCGGGUGGCGGUUCUGGACCAUCCGCGUCUCCCUUUGGUAGUUUUGGGGGCUUCCCCCAGGGACGAACACAUAUGUAUGAAGAUGAGAUAUCACCUGAGGAAUUGUUCAACCGGUUCUUUGGUGGUGGCUUCGGAGGUGGUUUUGGACCGUUUGGCGGAGGCAUAUUCGACGCUGGUCCAUCAUUUGUAUUCAACAUGGGAGGCGGCCCAGGCAUCCGUGUUCAUCAAUUUGGGGGUCCGCGCCCGCGAAGAAGGCCACGCGAAGCUAACCAGCAGUCCGAAACUGCUUCUGCCGGAGGGCUUUCAUCUUUGUCGCAAUUUCUCCCUCUUCUGAUCCUAUUCCUCUUCCCUCUUCUCUCCUCUUUAUUCUCAAGCUCGACUCCUUCCGGCCCUUCAUUCCGAUUCGAUUCCGCCUCGCCACCGCAUACCCUACAUAGAACGACCCCGAAACUAAAACUUAAUUAUUUCCUUAAUCCAACAGAAGUUGAAGACUACAGCGCACGGAAACUCCGCCAACUCGACCAGAAAGUGGAAGUGGAUUACGUGUCGAAUCUACGAUAUGAAUGUGAGAAUGAAGUGCGGAUCAGAGAUCGGAUGAUACAGGACGCUCAGGGCUGGUUCUUCCCGGACGUGGAAAAGAUGAAAGAGGCUCGGAAAUUGGAGCUUCGAAGCUGUAAAAAGCUAGAGUCCCUGGAUAUUUGAGACUUAGGUUCGCUAAAAUCGCCGCUACGUCCUCGCGCUGGAUUUUGACUACCACCCUCGAACUUCGUACGAUUAGAGAUUCCAUUUAGGUGAGGUUUUGGGCGUUUGAUGGAUGGUCUUCUAGCAUAUUAAUACUUUUCUGGUCUUUUUAUAGCG